CUCGACGGAGAGCUGAUUUCCGGUUUCACUUUAAAUACCCGAACGGACGGAUCUAACGUCAAGCAAUACGUAAGUGAAACCCGAUCCCUUCUCGGCGGCCGCUGCGAAUUGCAAGCUCCGUCCCAACUGGCGUCUGGCAAUGUGCACGACCAAAUAUGGAAAUCUGCAGUACAGCGGUAAAACGGACGAUAAAAUGAAGGUACAAUUUGUGCGGGACCAGGUCCCCAGCGCCCAACUGCAGUUCGAAAUGAAGACGGGCACAGGACCUCAAGUCGUGCUGGACGGAAGCAGCACAUACACAGUCCAUUUUACGCCUUUCAUAAAAGACUGGUUGUGGUUCCGGGUUCCCGGGAUGGAAAGAGGCGACGUUCUGCGAGUGGGUGUGUGCACUCCCCGAGGGGCCGGCUUCAACCUGCAGUCAUUCUUUCCAUACAAUCUCUGGGGGAAGGACAGGUUCACAGCGGUAAACUCUCUUGCUGAGCUCGACCGUACGGACCCCUUGCUCGAUGGCAAGAAAUACUUCUACAACGCGACCACAGGCAUGGUCUACUACAAGUUCAUCAACACGCAGACUCGCAACCCCGACGAGGACCUUGAGUGUAACAACGGCAGAUGCCCGGAAUUCCGCGUGAUCAUCAGUUCUGGUAACUGGAAUGAUAGCGACUGCAGGGGGAGGAUUUACACCAGCAACCAGCUAAGCAUGGCAGUGCCGACCCUCCCUGUGUUCAAUGACGUCAUUCCUGCCAAUAGCGGCAACACUCCUCCAGUGGGUUACGGUGCGGGUCCUAUGACGCCGUUCCGGGCAGACGUGAAUGGUGGAUGGUCAGACUGGCAAAUGUGGUCCGCGUGUAGUCGAACAUGCGGUGAGGGCAUCCAGUACAGACUCCGGAAAUGCAACAAUCCUCUACCGGAAGGAAACGGCGCCACCUGUAUAGGACCAAACUCCGAAACACGUGCAUGUCAACUACGCUUCUGUGCUAUAAACGGCAAAUUCUCCGACUGGACUACAUGGAGCGCGUGCUCGGCGUUGUCUAGCAACGACGGUACCUACAAGUGCAGUGGGGUAUCAGAGAGGACACGUGCUUGUGACGCCCCACCCACGCAGUAUGACGGAAAAUUGUGCGAAGGGUUCAGCCGUGAAAUCAAAUCCUGCAGUCUUUGUAAUAACUAGAUCUGAUUUGGCGAGAAAUCUGCCCCUAAGCAUGCUAGUAUCAAAUUGCAAACUUGUCGAAUAUAGUAUAUAAAAGCAUUCAAUAUCUAUUAACAAUAUACAAUUAUUCUAAUUUGGCAUCUACCUAUCAUUGUAGCAAAUCCAAAAUAUGAAACAAACAUAUCUGGCGCUUUUCAUGUAUAAGAUUUAUUGAAAAAAUGCUUCUUAAUAAAUCAUGUUUAUUGUAAAUAAACGUUUUUAUGUAUGCGUAGAUGUGGUUUUAUUGUACCACACUAAUCGACUAACAUACAUGUAGUUUUAUUUCGGCUAAGCAUAACUUUCUUGUUUAGUUCUAUUAUUUAGCAUAUGGAAUAAAACUUAUUAGUAGUUAUUCAACCACCAAUGUUUAAUACAUUAGUUUGAUUAAGAUACAAUUGUCUAGCGUAACAUGCAUGGUCUGUUCAACACAGUUGUAGUUAUACACCUGAAGCCAUCACAAAAUGUAGACAAUUGGAAUUUCAGACACUCCUAAUUACUUUUCCAUCAACUGAUGCUUUGCAUGUUGUUUUUUAUUGUAUGUUUUCCUACAAUGUUCUUUGCCGCUGGUUGGUUAAUAUGUGUCCUU